CUAUUGAUAAUUGAACUAGCAAUUUCUUAGUUCUUUCUAGUUUAGUUUUUUUUUUAAAUCAUUGUUACAGAACAUUACUCAAUUGCUUAAUUCAUUAUUAAUCCAAAUUACAACUAGGUAAUAAUCAUCCAUGUAUGGCAAUUGAAUCCUGAUACACAUAUAGGUAAUAAACUGUACACAGUGAUAAACAAAGACUAAGAACAACCAUGAACUCGAACUACAACCAAGACAUCCUUCAGCAAAACAUGAGGCUUUUGGCUGAAAAGAAGGCGGAAUUGGCGGCCUUGAUGAAGAAGCGUGACUACCUCGUGUACCUUCAGAAGCUUCAAACCAAUACUGCCAGUGGUCAUGUUCCGUUUACUCGUGUGCCUCACCAACGUAGACAGGACAAUUUCCAUAAACCGGAGAGGAAGCCUUACGUGAGGGGGAAACGUUAUGCUGACAACAAAAUUCAAAAUCCUCCUCCAUCUCCUGUGACAGAGGAGAAGCCUGUGGUCUUGUCGUUUUCGGAUCCAGCUUCUCUUAAGGUCAGGUCCAGGUCAGGCAUCACCGCUUUGUAUAGUGGAAAACAAUGCAGCACAUGUGGACAAAGAUUCUCGGCCAAGGAUGCUGAUAGCUACACUAAGCAUUUGGAUUGGCAUUUUAGACAGAACAGGGCCAACAAGAAGGGAACUGGCAGGCGUGCGUGGUACUAUUCAAAGAACGACUGGAUGGAGUACGAGGCUUCCUACGAUGUGGAAGAAGCUGAAAACUUCUUCGACCUUCAAGCUAAGGCGAUAAAGGCUGAGAAGGUGGAGGACGUCAAUGCAGGUGUCACAGUCUCUGCAAGUAAUGGCGAUAAGUGCACAGUGUGUCAAGAGAAAUUUGAAGAGUAUUUUGAUGACGAUGAGGAAGAGUGGAGGCUGCGAGAUGCGAUGGUGGUGGAUGGAAAGUUGGUACAUCCUCAGUGCAAGGAGAAUUAAAGAAAAUGUUGAUGGUGACGAAAAGAAUUUCUUUGUAUUUUACAGAUGUUAGUACUCAAUAAAAAUUGUUUCAUAAUUA